AUGGCUGACGCGACGAACGCAAACGACGAGCUCUAUCCCAUCGCCGUGCUCAUCGAUGAGUUGAAGCAUGACGAUGUCCUACUCCGCCUCAAUGCCAUCCAUCGUCUAUCAACCAUCGCUCUCGCCCUUGGUGCUGAGCGCACCCGCGAAGAAUUGAUACCCUUUCUCGACGAGUCUGUCGAGGAUGAGGAUGAGGUUCUUGUUGCCCUGAGUGAAGAACUCGGCAGCUUCAUCGACUAUGUCGGCGGUCCUCAAUGGGGCCACGUCCUGCUAUCCCCGCUCGAGAACCUCGCUGCCAUCGAGGAGCCUGUCGUGAGGGACAAGGCUGUCGAGUCUCUUAAUAAGAUCUGCAACGAGCUCUCACCCCAGCAGGUCGAAGAAUACUUCAUCCCUCUCACAAUCCGCCUCUCCAAAGCCGAUUGGUUUACUUCCAAGGUGUCAGGAUGCGGUCUGUAUACAGCGCCGUACAAGAAGGUUUCCCCACCCAUCCAAGAACAGCUGCGACAACAGUUCGGACAGCUCGUCCAUGAUGAGACCCCCAUGGUGCGCAGACAGUCUGCGAUACACCUUGCGAAGUUUGUGAAGGAGAUGCCCGCCGCGAUUGUUGUUGAAGAAAUGAUACCCAUGUUCCAGCAUCUUGCUCAAGACGACCAAGACAGUGUGCGUCUGUUAACUGUAGAGAUCUUGAUCUCCAUCGCGGAGGUUGUUCCCAAGGAGCAGCAGUCAAGCCAUGGCGUUCUACUCACAUCCCUUCGAAGUCUGAUAGAGGAUAAGAGCUGGCGAGUUCGAUAUAUGAUUGCAGACCGGUUUGAGAAGAUCGCAAAGGCAGUAGACGAAGAGGUAGUUUCGCGGGAUCUGGUGCCAGCAUUUGUCAAGCUCCUGAAGGACAACGAAGCCGAGGUUCGCGCAGCGGUUGCAGGCCAGAUACCCGGAUUCUGUGCUCUUGUUGAGCGGACCGUGCUGCUUAACGAAAUCAUGGGCAGCAUUGAAGACCUGGUAUCAGACAGCUCUCAGCACGUCCGAUCUGCAUUGGGAACUCAAAUCAGCGGUUUGGCUCCGAUUCUGGGCAAACAGGAGACUAUUGAUCACCUUUUGCCGAUGUUUCUCCAGAUGCUAAAGGACGAGUUCCCUGAGGUUCGACUCCACAUCAUUUCGAAGCUCGAGCUCGUUAAUCAAGAGGACAAGCAGUGGCGAGUGCGAUUAGCUAUCAUCGAGUAUAUCCCCCUACUGGCCAGCCAGCUGGGAGUCAAGUUCUUUGAUGAGAAGCUGAGUGCACUUUGCAUGGGAUGGCUUGGUGAUACUGUCUUCUCAAUCCGCGAAGCAGCUACGCACAACCUGAAGAAGUUGACCGAAGUCUUUGGAGUAGAGUGGGCUAGUGAGGCCAUUAUCCCCAAGGUCAUGGCUAUGGGUAACCACCCCAACUACUUAUACAGGAUGACGACCUGCUUCGCUAUCUCGACGUUGGCGACAGUGGUAAGCUUGGACGUUAUUGCGAAGUCAAUCCUGCCCAUGCUCGACAAGCUUGUCGCAGACGAAAUUCCCAACAUUCGCUUCAAUGUUGCAAAGACGUACGCGGUGCUGAUCGAUGUACUGCGGCGUCUGCCUGAGGAGGGCACGAUCUACUCGCUGGAGAAAGCUGGCCAGACAUUUACUGAGUCUGCUCGCGGGCAGGAGCUAAUUCAGCAACGCGUCAUGCCCAGCUUGGAGAAGUUGCAAAAGGAUGAUGAUGUAGAUGUUCGGUACUUCGCGACAACAGCUGCUGCGGGAGCUUCAGGACCGCUGCCCGGUGGUGAGCCCAUGAAUACGUCACCAUAG